AUGCCCGCGAGAGCCUCGACGAGGUCGACCCGGUCCUCGGCGGGGGUCCCGACCAAAUCCUCAGCCAGUGCAUCACGCGCGUCGACGGUGUCGCGCGCCUCCUCCACAGCAAAUACCGACAACCCCCCCGAGACACCCGACAAUGCCCUGCGCGCCCAAAUCGCCGCGGUAUUUCGCGAGGCCCAGCGGACAACAGCAUCGCACCGCAAGCUGGCCGUGACGCUGCGCAAGAUCCAGGAAGCAUGCUGCUACGAGCCGACCUCGACCAAAAAAUCAACCGCCGCUGCCGCCUCCGACUUUGACGAAGACGACUUCAACGCCGAGUUUGUGCGCUGCGUGAUACGCGUCAUGCCCAUCAAGAAGAGCGAGGGCGUCGGCGAGAAGACGAUCCGCUUCAUCGGCCUGUUCCUGCGCCACGCCGUCGACAAGGACAACGAGGCCGUCGGUGAGCCGGACGAGGAUGCUAGCACCAUGCCCGAGACCCCCGGCACCCGCCUGACCACCCUCCUGAUCGAGACCGUCCUGCCCCUGCUGGCCGCCAAAGACAAGUUUGUGCGCUACCGCGCGACCCAGCUCAUCUCGCACAUCAUCAACUCGCUCGACGCCAUCGAUGAUGAAUUGUUUCAGAAGCUGCGGUCCGGCUUGUUGAAGAGGAUCCGCGACAAGGAGGCCAUGGUGCGCGCCCAGGCCGUGCUGGGACUGGGGCGGCUGGCCGGCAACCCCAUCGAGGCUGAGCCGGAUUCGGACAACAGCGAGGACGACGCGACCAGUGGUCUGUUGGAGAAGCUGGUCGAGGUGCUACAGAACGAUCCCAGCGCCGAUGUCAGGAAACAGCUGCUGGUCAACCUGCCGAUCCUCCCAAACACCCUUCCAUUCCUCCUGGAGAGAGCAAGGGAUCAGGAUGCGGCAACACGGCGUGCUGUCUACUCUCGCCUGCUGCCUGCCUUGGGCGACUUCCGCCACCUCUCGCUGUCCAUGAGGGAGAAGCUGUUGCGCUGGGGACUGCGGGACCGAGAUGAGAACGUUCGCAAGGCAGCUGGCCGCCUCUUCCGCGAGCGCUGGAUCGAGGACUGUGCCGGCACUCCGCCUCCCGCCGAGACUGGCCAGCCGGCUGAGGUGUCGCCUCCCAACCUCGAUGCCCUACUGGAGCUGUUGGAGCGUAUCGACGUGGUGAACUCAGGCGGCGAGAACGGUGUCGCCCUCGAGGCCAUGAAGGGCUUCUGGGAGGGUCGUCCGGACUACCGAGAGGCCAUGGUCUUUGACGAAGCUUUCUUUGAGACCCUGAGCGCCGAAUCUGUCUUUGUCGUCCGGACCUUCAACGACUUCUGCCGGAAUGAGGGCGACGGCAAGUUCGAGUCGCUCGCCGAGGACAAGCUGCCCGAAGUUACAAAGGUGGCAUUCUACCUGGAGCGCUACAUCAAAGUCCUGAUUGACGCCAUCAAGAGGCUCGAGGAGCAAGGAGUGGACGAGGACGAAGAGGGGGACACGGCAGAGCAGGAGUUCAUAGUAGAGCAGCUGCUCCAUAUUGCCCUCACCCUCGACUACUCGGACGAGGUCGGCCGCCGCAAGAUGUUUUCACUUCUCCGCCAAACCCUGUCCAUUCCAGAGCUUCCAGAAGACGCCACGAAGCUCACGGUUGCUGUACUCCGGGAUAUCUGCGCCCCAGAUGCGGCUGGCGAGAAGGAAUUCUGCAGCAUCGUUCUCGAGGCAGUCGCCGAUGUCCACGACACCAUUGUGGAUGAGGUACCGGAAAACGACGACGAGAGCUUUCACUCGGCCCGAUCCGAAGUCAGCGGCGACAGCACCCCGACCAAGGGUGGCAAGAGUAAGACUCCCGAGCUGUCCGAGGAAGAGGCUGCUGCCAAGGCCAUGAAGGAAAUCCUGAUCAACAUGAAGUGCCUGCACAUCGUGCAGUGCAUGCUCUCCAACGUGUCAGGCGACCUGCAACAAAACGAGCACCUGGUCGGCAUGCUCAACAAUCUCGUGGUCCCUGCCGUCCGCAGCCACGAAGCCCCCGUCCGCGAGCGCGGCCUUGUCUGUCUCGGCCUCUGCUCCCUGUUGGACCGCUCCCUCGCCGAAGAAAACCUCACGCUCUUCAUGCAUUUCUUCAGCAAGGGCCACACGACCCUCCAGAUCACCGCCUUGCACAUCCUCACCGACAUCCUCAACGUCCACGGCGCGCAACUCCUCUCGUCCAACCCGACGCUCCUCAAAGUGUACAUCAAAGCCCUCCGCUCAGGCGCCAAACACCCCGAAGUCCAAGCCGCCGCCACCGUCGCCGCCUCCAAACUUCUCCUGGGCCGCGUCGUCAGCGACUACGACGUGUCGGCCGAGCUGCUCAAGACGCUCGUCAUCGCCUACUUUGAGCCCGCGUCGGCCGGCAACCAGAGCGUGCGCCAGGCACUCAACUACUUUUUGCCCGUCUUCUGCUACGCGCGCCCCGAGAAUCAGGAUCUGAUGCGGUCCGUCGCGCUCGACGCGCUGCACACUUUGUACAAUGUGCGCGCGGGGUUCGACGACGACGACGCGGACAUCGACGACGAGAUGGUCUCGCUGUCGACCGUCGCCGCGUGCCUCGUCGACUGGACCGACCCGAGAAAGUGCUAUUCGCCGGCGACCGGCGGGCCCGCGGGCGUAGGCGAGAAGCAUGUUAAUGCCGAUGUGCAUCUGGACUUGGCGAGGGAUAUACUCGAACGGCUCGGCGGGAAUGUACCGAAAGAAGAGAAGAAAAUCAUCGCCGCCCUCCUCGGCAAGCUGUAUGUCUCCCCGGCAUCAUCCGAACCCAAGACCCGGGAGGUGUGCGCCGCCGUCCGCGAGGCCGUCGACAACCAAUUACUCUCCGACGCCACGGGCCGCAACGCGCUGUACAAGAUCCACGUCAGCCUCGGCAAGAUUGUCAAUGCCCUCGAUGCCUCCGCUGCUACUGCUGGUGAGGGUCUGCUCGGCGGUGGUGGUGGUGGCAGCAAGUACAGAAGGAGUGUGAGCCGGGCGAGUUCUGUGGGCGCGGCGUCUAAGGAGGAGAGGACGGUUGUGCAGUAUGACGUGAAAAUCAAGGAGGAGGAAGAGGAUGAUGAUGAUGACGAUGGGGGGACUGUGGUGCACAGGUCGACGGAGCAGAGUCUGGUUAGUGAGCUGUUGUCGGAGGAGGAGGAGUUGUAA